UACUACCCUGAAUCGACGCAAUUAGUUUGCUGAUAUACUUCUAAAAACCUUGUUAUAAUGUCUUCUAGGCUUAAUUUGAACAAAGAUUUACCCACAGAGCUUGAGGAGAAAAGUAAAUUCUUAUCUCAGAGAAUUCCAAGUUUCGGAGAAAACCACUUGCCCUUCGGAGAGCAUAGAAAUAAUCCAAAUAAGCUUUUCAAGAGUACUACUCAGACCACAUUAGCUCCACAGUAUCUACCGCCUUGCACUCCUUGCCUUACUGAAAGGAGGGAAGGAGAUACCUUCAAAAUACCUAAGCUGGAAAUCCUAAAUAUGAAUCCGACCAAAAAAUAUGUUAAUCCUGAGAAUGGAGGAAUCUUUCAUGAAUUUGAGAAGAAAUUUUAUUCCAAAUGGAUCAUCGAUCCUCAAAAGACCACUAUGUCAAUCAGAAAAGCAAAAAUUAAUCGCUACAAGGCAGAACAACUCAAGAAGAUGAAAAAUGAGAUUAAGAAUAUGUUCAAAUUCUUUAAAGAGGUCAAAAAGUCUGAUGAAGAUGACAGUCUCUCUGAUAGUCUCACCAGCAAAGAAUCUGAAACUGAUAACUUAAAUUCCGUAAAGAAAGAUCUGUAUAUCCAAAGAAGAUCAUCUAGCCAAGUCUUUACAAAGCCCAGAAGGAUGAGCUAUAUCAGAACCAAAAGCCCAGUGGUCUUUAAUAAUCCAACAAGUACUAAAGUUAUGAGAAAGAUUCAUGAAUCAAUUAAAGAAAGUGUUAGUCCUGCCUCCAAGAAAAAUUAUCUUGGGACUAUGAGAACACGAGAGUUUACUGACAAGUCCUCAAUGUUGCAAACAAGGUUUGCUACCUCAAAACUAGCUUCAAAGCAAACAUUUACAAGGGAAAACUCGAUUAUGAACAAGAAGAGUACACCAAAGUUCUCCUCCAAUAAUAGUCUGGCAUCGGCUUGUAAGAAAAUGUGGCCAAACAGCUGUAAGAAGGUUAUUCCAAUGAAGAGAAUCAUGAAGGCAAGACCUGAACCAAUGUAUACAGUCAAAAUCCAUACUCCUUCAACACGCAAAGACUCUCUAAAUAUUGAUUUUGACAAAAUAACAAGCUCUGGUCUGAAUGCUGAGGGUAGUGUAUCACCACUGAAGACACCUAGAAGUGAUGAACUUACUACAGUGACAUCCAGGCAGAACUACGACUUCGGCACUUACGCCUCCCUCAAACAGGACAAAGAUUCCAAACCAAAGAAAUUAAGAAAAGGCUACCUUAGUAAAAAGAGAAAUAUUCUCCAAGAUCAAAGAAAUUCCAUUUGCCAGCUUAUUCGGGCUUGUGAUAAAAAUGAGACCUCUGCGAAGAAGGAUGUCCAAGAUUUUGAGCAAAUCCAUCACGAAAUCAGUAAAAUGUUUACCAGGCUGAAACAGGUAAACCACCUUGUGGAGAGCGAAGAGGUUCAUGGUCAAGAAGUAUCUCACUCGGAUAGCCCUAACUUCCAAGAGGCUAAGCAGCAAUCAAACCGUAAGUUCUUCACUAAAGCAUGAGAAGAGAAACAGAUCUACAACCUCGAUUAUGACAAGAUUGACAAAGAACAAGAGGAAAUUAGGAAGCUUAUCAAUGCUAGCUCAAAAGAAGCAAUGCAAAGCAAUGAGAGCUCCAAAAUGAUCUCCAGAAGUAUAGUAUUCAGUCGCUACAACAAGAAAUGCAAAAGAGACAUAUAUUAGAUAUUUUAAAGUUUCAAUAAUUCAAUU